AAAAAACACAAAGGUAAUGGAGGUUGAAGUUGAAGGAGACAAUGGAUAUUUAGGCAAAGUUGGUGAUCAAAUCAUAGAAAUUUAGGGCUUUCUUUUUUCCCCAUGAUUGAUUGAUUGAUUGAUUGUGUUCUUGAAACCCCAGAUUUCGUUUGAUCCUUUUUAAUUUUUCCUUUUGGUCUCAUUUUCAUUUCUCUCAUAACGUUGAAGGGAUCAAGAUCGCUGUUUUCUUUCUUCGAUCUCUUUCUGCUCUUCCUCAUUGUCUCUCGGAUUCGAUGUUUUUAGGGUUUACCCUUUGAAUGUUAGUUCAAUUUUCAAAUCCUCUCUUCGUUUGUGCAAAUUUUGGAUUUGCAGCUUUGUUUCUCCAGGUUUUUUCUCGCAAAAAUUGGGAUCUUUCCGUUGUUUAUCUCAACUUUCUCAGCAGCUGGACUGACGCUCAAGGUUUCUUGAAGGGUAACUUACGAAGAUGAUUAGUCUGUAAAUUUUGGCGUUUUUUCUUAGAACCGGGCUGGCUAUUAGACACAAUGCGUCUGUUUCCAGUGGGAUCUAGCCCGGAUUUUACCGAGGACAAGGAGCAGGGCAGCGGUCAUGCUUUGCUAUAUCUUAAUGUCUAUGAUCUUACUCCUAUUAAUAACUAUCUCUAUUGGGUUGGACUCGGAAUAUUUCAUUCGGGUAUUGAAGUCCAUGGUAUGGAGUAUGGCUUUGGAGCACAUGAAUAUCCUACCAGUGGGGUGUUCGAGGUAGAGCCAAAAAGUUGCCCUGGAUUUAUUUUCCGAAGGUCUGUAUUAUUGGGAAGCACUGAUUUAUCUCGUGCAGAAUUUCGUUUGUUUAUGGAGCACCUUUCUUCAGAGUACCACGGUGACACAUAUCAUUUGAUUGCCAAAAAUUGCAACCAUUUUACAGAGGAAGUCAGCAUGCGGCUAACUGGGAAGUCCAUUCCUGGAUGGGUGAAUAGACUUGCUAGAUUAGGCUCAUUCUGCAAUUGUCUUCUUCCAGAAAGCAUUCAGAUUUCAGCAGUGAGACACCUUCCCGAUCAUCCGGCCUAUUCUGAUGACGAUGACGAUGACGGGUCAGAAUCUCUUGCAUCUUCUACAUCCGCAAGGAGCGAAGAUGAGGAAUCGGAUCAUCACUUACUGAUGAGUCCCAAUGGUGAUGUAGCAUUUUUAAAAGAGAAACCAGUGAAGAUAGCUAGAGAACCUGUUUAAUUCAUUUGCUCUUUGGUUCCCAACUUCUUUGCCAUGAAUCACUAUAUUGUUUGUAUUUGUGAAAUGUAGUAUUGAAUGUAUCAUUUGAUAAGGCCAAACUACUUGAGAUCCCAACAUUUUAAGUGAUACGAUGAUAAUAGCUUAGAGUUAUAUGAUAUGAGUAUCAUUCAGAGAUUGUUAAAGGUGAAAAAACAUAGCACCAAGAUUAUCAUAUAUGUAAAAUAUCUACAGAUUUGAUCACCAA